AUGUCUCAUUUGGAUUUGGAAAAGAGAAGGUCACUGCUGGAAGAUCUUGAAAUCAUUGAAAAUGCAAUCUCGACAAGAUUUCAAAGAAAUCCAGAAUUAUACUAUUCGAAUCUAAAGAAGGUAUCAGAACUAUUCCCUUCCAAACAGGUGGAAGAAUUACCGACUCACUCAAUAAUGACAAACAAUAAGAUUUACAAGACCAAAAAACUAAAAAGAAAUAGGAAACAAAUUGCAUUACAACAACAUGAAAUCUCAUUAUUUAUUAAAGAUUUUUUCAGUAAACAGAAAGAACUAGAGACGCUAACUAGAGAAGCUAAUUUUAAAGCCAAAAAGAACAAGGAAGAGAUACUUCUCCCAGUUGAAGAAUUCAAAGAUAUACUCAGUGAAAUAAAUGAAGCUGAUGGAAACGAAAAUGGUAACAGGAGGGAAUUAGAAAUCAAUGAUAAAAUCAAUAAAUAUUCCAUGUUUUCAAACUCAUUAAACAAAUCUCAUCCAUCCACGAUCUUAUCCAGCAGAGCUAGUGACUUAGAUAUUAAUAGUAUUUUUAGUUUGGAAGAACAAUAUGGUGAAUAUUUGGCUUUGAACCCAUAUUAUACAGAGUGGUUAAACGUUGUUAAGAAGGAAGAUUUAACGUUCUUACAAUUUCUUAAUAUGUUGAAAAUUUUCCAGGAUGAUAAAAGAUAUAUUGUACAACCGCCAAUGGAUAGGAAGAAUGAACCAUAUAUGAAAUAUUUACAACGAUAUUGUAGUUAUUUAGAAUCCUUUUUCGAGAGAAAGUAUCCGUUAAUUGAUUCUCGUUAUACCAGUAGAGAAUUAAAAAAGGAAUUCAAUAAAUCAAUUAUAAAACCAUUGGAGAAUGAAAAGAAAGGGUUUUUUUGUAAAACUUGUUGUAAAUGGUUUAAAACACUCACUGUCUUUGAGAGUCACUUGAAUGGACAAAAACAUAUCAAGAGUUAUAAUAAGAGAGUGCAGGGUUUAUAUGCAGAAUAUAAGACACAUAGGUAUUCUAUGUUAUUGAAGGAAGAACACCAAUCUACCUGUGAAUUUGUUGAAAGGAAAAUGGCAUUUACUGUUGAAGAAAGGAUUACAGAAAUGAAAAGGUUAGCAGAAAUAUGUAAGGCACCGGCAUAUGAUGUGAAUGAAAAAGAAGGGGAUGAAAAUAACACUGAACUUAAUGUAAAGGAUAAUUUGAAGAACGAUGGAGCUAGCGCUAUGUUAAGUGGGUCGAUUAAUAUGCCAUUAGGACCAGACGGACUUCCCAUGCCAUUUUGGUUAUACAAAUUACAAGGUUUGGAUGUUUCAUAUCCUUGUGAAAUAUGUAGUAACCAAAUAUUCAAAGGACGUAGAACAUUUGAUAAGCAUUUCACUGAGGCCACACAUAUUUAUCAUUUACGUUGUCUUGGCAUUGAGCCAACUCCGGCGUUCAAGGGUGUCACAAAGAUUGAAGAAGCACAAAGGUUAUGGAACAACAUGAAGAAUGAUACCAUAAUGGGUGAUAAAAAGUUCAUAGAAACGAUACCUGAUAAGAUGGCCAUUGAAGUAGAAGAUAAAGAGGGAAAUAUCAUGACACAGAAAGUAUAUGAUGAAUUAAAAAAGCAAGGGCUUGCCUAA